AUGUACGUGCAAGUCCUGCGAUCCGCUUCCUUGGACUCCCUCUGUUUCUACCUGGGAGGAGACGGAGCUGUCGUGCUGUCCUGCGCAGAUCUCCUGAACAGCGACAGAUUCACCUGCCCUGAGAUGUCCUUCGACACUCCAGGGCGGCAGCUCAUGCAGAGUGGGAUGGCUUCUGAAAUCAGGUGUUUCGGCUUCGAUGGCCUCGAGGACUGCGAGAGAGCCGAUGGACGCUUGGCACAGCAGGUGCAGAGUGCGUCUGCCUUCAGGGUGGCAUGUCCGCCGGGGAUGCUCCUGAGUGGCAUGAGGCAAAGCCAGUCCACUUUUGAGUCCUCUAGUGGCGGAGUGGGCUACACAUGCGUGGAGGCCUCCGCUGUGGGAUCCUGCCUGGAGGAACCGGGAAUUCUGUGCCUCGUGCGGGUGCUGCACCCUGGGUGA